AUGGAUCCUACACUCAAAUUUAUACUUCUGCUUAUUUUUCAAAUUCCAGCAAUUUUAGUUUCAAUCAUUAUAUUUAUAUAUUUUGCAUCUGAUCGUAACGCUCGUUCGAAACCAAAAAAUCACAUAUGGCUUAUUCUUCUUAUUCUUAACUUUCUGUACUUAGUUUCUGAUUUACCUAUGUCUAUGAGUUAUUAUUCUCAAGGUAAAAUAUGGGUAAAAAAUGAUGGCUAUUGUGUUUGGUGGAACUGGUAUGAAUCCUCACUAAAUACAUUAGGUUUAUGUCUAAUGGCUUGGGCAUCUAUCGAACGACACUUUUUUAUUUUUCAUUCUCAAACAAUCAUGAGAGUGCGAUGGAAAAUGUGGAUGGCACAUUAUAUUCCAAUUUUCUUAUGUUUUGCAUGGAUAUUAACAUUUCAUUUUAUAUUUAUUGUUAUUCCUCCAAUUUGUGUUAAUACAUGGUAUUUUACUGUAAAUAAGUGUGGUGCACCAUGCUUUUACACUGCAGAUAAUGGUUAUUAUGCACUGGUUGAGUUUAUCGUUAAUGUUGUUGCUCCACUUGGUGUGAUUACAUUUGCAAAUAUAUUUCUGAUUAUUCGUGUAAUAUAUCAAAAAAUUAUACAUCAUCAAGUCGUUAAUUGGCGUCGUCAUCGAAAAAUGACAUUUCAACUAUGGCUUAUUUCAUCUGUUUAUUUAGCUUUUUGGUUACCAUCGACUUUGUCGACAAUCAUUCAAUUGACUAUUAUGCCAACAUUUUUCGUUGAUCAAUAUGAUACAAUGGUAUUCUUUAUUUAUUUUAUUCCCUUAUUAUUACCAAUUGUAUGUUUGAAUACAUAUCCUGAACUAUUAAGAAAAAUAAAUGAAUUAAUACGAAGACGAAUUGCAAGAAAUCGGAUUGGUAUAUCGACUGUUCGAACUGUGCAUUAA